AUGGUGGAAUCGGGCCUCAUGCAAGCGGUCGUGAUCGUGGUGGGGUUGACCGUACUGGUGAUGGUCUGUAUUUUGUUUCAAGGAAGACCCAGGCCGAAUGCUUUCUCCCCAGAACAGCUUGGCCAGUUACGAAUUGAUCGAGAGAUGGCGAAGGAGGCACUACUAGAGGAGAAGGCACAGAGAUUGAAGGAGCGCGCUCGAAUCCACAGGCACAACCGGCUGGUCCUCACGGCGCGCAAGGGUGCAGGCCGCUUGCUCCACGGCGCGCAAGAGAGAUGGGAUGCGCGGGGCAGAUCGAUCUACGGAGAUGCGUGGGACGACCCCCACGACGGAAAUGUGCCUCUCAGGACCCUCUUCAACCUCCCGAAAGAGGAAAUUGACUCGAUUCGAGAAGAGGCAAGCAGACUUCUCGAGUCGGAAUGGCCAGCUAGCGACUUCUUGUCACUACCGACGCCCCCAGGACAGCAGCGUCGGGCACGAGACGGUUCGGCUUCAAGCACCAGGGGAACAACGGCUUCACUGCGGUAG